GCGAGCGACGUCAUUGGCCGGCAAGCGGUGUCCAUGAUUGUUGUGUACUGAAAAGCGUGCAUGAAGACUGCAGCCGAGUGUUUUUGUACUUUUCCUCUAGAUUUCGGGCAGAAUGGAAAUUUCGGUGACUCUGGAAAGCCUGCAGGCCGAGUUGGAGCAGGCCAACGCCAAGCUCAAGGGCGUCGAUGAGACCAUCAAGCGUUUCACGGGCCGCGACCCCAACGAGCCGCCGCUGUCUCUGCAGCCCGGCACUGGAUUGAGAAGGGUGGUCAGCCUCGGAGGUCGGCCAGACGUCUCCAAAGACCGCACUGGCCGCGCUGAAGCUCCUCCGGGAAGGAGGAGAAUUGUGCCUGGCGGAGUGGAGGCCGAGGACGGCCCGCCAGCUAUGAAGAGGCGGUCAGUCGGAGGCAGUGUCUUCAGCAGACUAUCCGGGGUGCCACUUCGAUCCAAAAGGACUGCAGAACCUGAGGAGGAGGAGGAAGAACGGCCGGUGAAUCGAGCACUUCAGUCAAAGGUUAUUCCGUCAAAGGAAAUGCUGGUGACUCGUGAAGAUGUUCUCACGGCGCAGAGCAAAGAUGAGAAAAGCAAAGCCAGAAACCGUAGAAUGUUUGGAGCUCUGCUCGGUACUUUGGUCAAAUUCCAGAAGGAAGAAACCCUUUUAAAAGAUAAGGAGGAAAAGAAGGCCAAGGUGGAGCAGAAGCUGGAGGAAAAUGCGCGCCUGGAGAAGGAGCAAAUGCGCAAAGACAAACUGGAGCUCUUCGCCGAUCGAAGGGCAAAGCAGAUCGAGGUCAAGAAGAUAGAGCAGAAAGUUGGCAGGAUCAAAGCUCAAGAGGAGUGGGAACAGAACGAGAGGAAUCUGGUUAAUUUUAUUCGCACGAGUGCCAAACCGCAGAUAUUCUACUCGCCAAAGGUGCACACGCCCGAAACGCUCAAACUGCUCGAGGCUUCCAAGGAGUACGUCGAGAAGCGGAUUGAAGCGCGGCGGGCGCAGCUGAAGGAGGACCUAGAGUUCUUUGAGGAGCACGGCAAGUGGAGACCAGUGCUGCGGCCCCAACGGGAGGAGCGUCGGGAGCGACGGUCAGGUGGCCGGAAGAGGUCCAGGUCGCGGUCGCGCAGCAAGGACAGGCGGCACGCCCGCAAGUCGCAGAUCGCCACCGUUGACAGACCAACCUUCAAAGAAAUGGACAGUGACUUGGAGCGGGAGGCUGGUCCGGAGCUGGACGAUGGCGGAAUUGCAGGUAAGGAGGGGGAGGAGGGGUCGAAGGGGGUCGCGUUGCGGGGCGAGGGGGGCGUUGAGCCGCCGCCGCCGGGCACCGAGGCCAACGGCCAGGAGCCUGAGCAAGGGCAGGAGAACGGCGGCGGCGGCAUGCAGGUCGAGGAGUUCGAGCCGCUCUACGACUGAGCAUUUUUCUUUGCGUGUGUCCAUUUCCAAGCAGCAGACCCGCGUAGAGACUAGUGCCACCAGUUUAAUUUCGCACGUCUGCCUUCCACACAACACACACUUACAAGUUUUUAGUCAGUUUCCUCGCUGUACAUGAGUGAAUAAAAUAUGAAAUUAAUUGAAAUGCCGAUCCCCUUGAGACACCUGCCUGUUCCACUUGAUGAAUACAUAUUUUUAUGAUUUGGGGCGCGCCAGACAGGCCUCGUUUGUAAAUUGUGCACCAAUAUGGACCAUUGAUAUUUGUGUAUUUCAUUAUUCAUUGGUUGCGACGAUUGAAGCCUUGCAAAUAAAUUAAAGCUUCAGAAUUAAA